GACUCAGACGCAUACACCUCACGCUAUGCACAACCGUCCGCUCCGCGCGAGAAGCCAACUAUGCGGGGCAACGUGAACAGCUACCCUUCCUCAUCCUACUACGACUCCUACGCCCACGAAACAUGGAGAUCCGCUGCACUUCCUCGACACCGCACAAGCACCCGUAAAGCCACAUGGCCUCCAUCACCAGCCGUCGAGGAUGAGAGCGUUGCUGCAAAGAAAGAGGCAUCUUUGGUGGUGGGUUCGGAGGAGGGUGAGCCGCCGAUCAACACGCGGGGCACUGUCGAUCAGGAACAUCUGCUGGAUGAGAUUGAACAACCCAAACAACCCGACCAGGAUGAACGACGCUAUGUCCUCGUGCCUGGCUCUGGCGAUAGCGGCCUCAAUGCAGCACCUAGUGCGGACGGAGCGCGGAGGAAGAGCUUCGCUGAGCGAGGGAACAUGCCUCACCUGAAGACCGACGUGGAGAGUGAUCCAAUCCUGUUCACGAAACGGGUCUCGACGCCCUACUCUUACACGCCGCAGAAAGAGUCCACUGCGCCUGCAUCUGCGGGAUUCAUGCUCUCGCCUGAGCCUAUCACGCCUGCCAACACAAGCAAACCUAGGUCCGCUGCCAGUCGAGAUGCGUGGGACGAACAGAAGGACCAGAAUGCCAGGCCAUCGAAAUCGAUACCAGUACGCACACGCCGGGACUCGUUUGCUCGAUCAGCUCCACAGUCGGCCAAGAACGAUGUUUUCGACGACUCUGCAUCGGAGGGAGAGAGCAUGACGCAUCUACGGACGAAUGAGCGAAAGCCUGCGCGGUACAGCUUUGUGAAGAGCGACUCUCAGAAGGAGGAUCUAAGAACGAAGCUGCGAGAGAGCCAGCCUAAACCUGAACCAACAAGGCGCGAUUCCACACAGCGACCGCCAACUGCA